AUAAUCCAUAGUUCACUCUAUAUAUAAGGGUAAGCAUGCAUUUCCUAAUUGUGUCACAUAAUAUACAUAUAUAAAAGUUUCCUUCUAAAUUUGUUAAUUACUAUUAAUUAUUAGUAGCCAUGAGUUUAAGUGGGAAAGUGGAGAGUGAAAUAGAGAUUGAAGGAAAUGCUUCUGAAUUCUAUAAAGUUUUCAGAAAGCAACUUUAUGACAUACCAAAGAUCUCUUCAGACAAGGUUCAUGGAGCUCAAGUGCAUCAAGGAGACUGGGAGAAUGUUGGUUCUGUCAAGCACUGGGAUUAUACCAUAGAAGGGAAGAAAACAAGUGCAAAGGAAAAGAUUGAAGCCAUUGAUGAUGAGAACAAGACAAUCACUUAUAGCCUCUUUGGUGAAAAAAUCAGUAAUGAUUACAAGACUUUGAAGGGUACCAUAAAAGUUUCAGAUAAGGGAAGUGGUGGUGGAAUUGUGAAAUGGAUCUUUGAAUAUGAAAAGCAUAAGGAGAAUAUCACUGCUGCUUCUCCUCAAUCUUAUUUGGACUUUGCUAUUAAGGUCACUCAAGACAUUGAUGCUCAUCUUGUCAAGCCAUAAUUAAUUAAUUAAGAUGUAUAAUUGGAUAUUCAAGUGUGUGUUUUGGCUUAAAUAAUUACUGAAUAAUGGUGCUUGUAUAUGUAAUGUGUGUAAUAAUAAGAAUAAUCAUAGUAACGUGUGAACGUGAAAAUUCAAGUGCAGUCGACUUCACGUGAAGUGAAUAGCU